AUGCGCGAGGACUUGCAGCUCGAGACGCUGCUGGCAACGCUCGACAUGGAAAAGGCCACGCGAAAAAGACUGCAAGAAGCGUUUCAAGCUCAGCAGCAGGCGCUUUCCUUAGCGCAAGAGCGAGUAGACAAGCUGGACGUGCAGGUCACUAAUUACCAGAAGACCGAGACGGUGCUAGCCCAAUCCGUCGCACACCUGCAACAUCGCUUCGCCACCAAAGACCAACUGCGUGCGGCGUCAGUAGAGCACGUCCAGCGUGAAUUAAUCGAGCAACAUGAACAGGAAAUGGCUGCACUAUGCGGGGAGCUGGCAAUCGCACGGAGUACCGAGAAAAUGGCGCAGGAACAGCUGCAACAACUUCAGAAGGAGCUUAAGACCCUGCGUGCUAACGAGCAACUAGCGCUUGCGUCUAGAGAAAAUGUGGCCACACACGAGCAAGAGUUGCAAGCUAAAAUCGCUCAGCUGGAGACCGAGAAGGCUGUACUGCACAGCAAGGCCCAGCAAGUGCAGAAGGCAGACGCCCAGCUUCGUAGCCAGGUUCACGCCCAGAGCGAAGAAAUUGCGACGUUGCGAAAGGAUAAGGAAGCGUUACAGCGCGAUAACAAAGAGCUGGGCGAGAUCGCCAGCGACCUGAUGCAGAUGGCCGAGCGGCAACACGAAGAGAACAAACGCAAGAAGCGCUUACGUUUGUCUCUCGGGUAA